AUGUACAACGCAGCAGAGUUUGCAGAAUUGAAAAACAGCAAUCGCUUCAAAAUAAGAGAACUUAGAAAGGUGUCAUACAUUUUAGGAAUAAACUAUGGCUCGGAAACGUCACUGAAAAAAUGUCUUAGAGUGCUUAAUCUGUUCCUUAUCAUCACAUGUGGCAUUUCAUUGUAUCCACGAUGGUUGAUGCUAGAAAGGGCUGAUGGCAAUGUGCCGCUAAUUGCAGAGACCAUCACUACCAUGUUACAAACAACUACAACCAUGGUCAAAAUGAUAUUUUGCCUGUUCAUGCAAAGUCAGUGUCGUGCAUUGCUUAUGAAAGCUGAAAACUAUGAACUACUUCAAGGAAUUAAAAUCUUCGAGACUGAUAUGGACAUCAAAGCCGAGUUGAAAGUGGAGAUUAACGCAAUUAUGGCAACUAUAUGGAAGGAAUCAAGGCGACAGCUUUUAAGCUGUCUCAUAACUUGUUCGUGCAUUCUUAGCAACUAUUUUCUCUACGCCUUUUUCACUAACUUGUAUCAUCAAAUAAAGAGGACACCGAAUUAUGUGCAUAUAUUACCUUUCACUGGUUACCCCAUGUUUCUGGAGAAAGGUAUGGCCUCGCCUUAUUAUGCAGUGGAAAUGUUCAUCGGUGGCUGUUCACUCCUCACCUGUGGCAUGUGUUCCGUCAGCUUUCAUUGCAUUUUUAUGAUCCUCAGCAAACAUGCUUGCGGACUAGUUAAGGUGCUUUGCGCUAUGCUGCUACAAUCCACCUCACCCGUAGUGCCAGCACAUCGGCGUGAAGAAUAUUUGCGUUACUGCGUUAUCCAACAUCAACAGACUUUGCUGUUUAUAAAUGACAUCAAUGAGCUCUUUAAGCACAUUACACUUUCACAUUUCCUUCAUAGUUUGGCGAUUUAUGGACUUGUGCUUUUUGAAAUGAAUUUUGGACUAGAAACAAAUAAAACAACAUUCAUCCGCAUGGUUAUGUACAUUGGAGCUGCGCUCACCGUCGAUUCCAUGUAUUACGUAAAUGGGCAAUUUUUGGCCACAGAGUUGGAAAAGAUUCCCUUUGUUUGCUACAGCUGCGAUUGGUUUAAUGAGUCAAAGGAUUUCAAGAAAACAUUGAACAUGAUAAUUAUGCGUUCCAAUAAAGAUUUCCAAUUUCAAAUCUCGUGGUUUGGUGUAAUGUCCUUGACCACAUUAAUGGGUAUAUUAAAAGCCAGUUUUUCAUAUUUCUUGAUUCUUCGAGAUAUGACGGAUGAAGUAAACUAA